ACUCUGGCUCGGAAUUUUCAAUACUGAUCUGACAAUGGCUUCUCCUUGGUUGAAGAGGGCUUUCAUAUCGUCCGAGUCGGAUUGUUCUGGCUCCAUCGCCAAACGCCCGGAACUGCAGUGCGGCUCACCAGCUCACUCACCGAACGGAGAGUGGUCGAAGCCAAAACUGGAUUUACAUAGUUCACAGUCCGGAACCAACGCCUUCUCAAUCCUUCCACAAGCCAGUUUCCAGUUCGCAUACGCAGAUAUCUCCCAGGGUAUCGACGCGACAAUAUUUGAUUCUUCGGUCAACAACCUACAGCCUCCGAAUCAUACAAAUCUUCUAUCUGCGAAUCCUCGACGAGAUGUCGAAGCACCUGUCCUUUCUCCACAACCGGAAAGAGAAUCGGACCUGCAGGUUUCUGAGAUGUGCUUUGGAAUGAUCUGCGAUGCGAAAGCUCAGUUUCUCGACGAUUCCCGCACAAUCGAAAGCGCAGGCCUUUUGACCCUUCCACCUUCCAAUGAAGACGUUUAUACGCUUAAACUCGUUCGUCGUGACAACCAUAUAGCCUUGCAACACGAGAGGGACAUUGAUAUUGCCGUAUUAAACACAAAGACUACACAUGUGCUAUGGGCGAUUGAAGAGCUAGGCUAUGUGCGCUAUCAAGUUUUUGUUGGGGUAGAAACUUUUUCUACGAGCAUUAUCACUUGGGCAAAUAAAGGUCAAAAAGUCAAUUUCCUUGUGGAGAUAAUUAUAUACGGAAGUAAACAAAUCCGUGACCAGAUUGGGAGGAAGCUUUCUGAUGCAGAAAUUUAUUUACAACACCCUCGAUGCUGUAGCGACCAUGCUAAAUACGACAACCCCCACUAUCUCGAAUUCAAACAUUCUCAAAAACCGGAUUUGCCGCAGCAGUUGUGCCAUUCUUUAACACAUCCUAAUAAUUUAGGUCAAACAGCUCCAAACUUUCAGCUUAGCGCGUUGCUAAACAGCUUGGAUCAACAUGAAAACCUUGACGAUGGCGAGAUUGACUGCCGGAUAAAAACAUCGCUUUUAAGGCACCAGAAAACCGGCGUUGACUUUAUUGGACAAAGAGAAGGUUGGAGGGUAUCCUCUAUUCCGGAACUUUGGAAAGCCCACCAAAGGGAUCAAGUGAUGUUUUACGAACAUAUAAUAGUCGGUACUAGAAAGUCCACUGUCCCACCGCAGACAUUCGGCGGAAUCCUCGCAGAUGAGAUGGGCUUAGGAAAGACGUUAACUAUGCUUUCUGCAAUUGUUGGGAGUCUUGGCCUCGCCCAUUCUUCUACAACUCCACCAACGGUAUCCAAUUGCAAAACGUCUGCAAAGAGUACUUUGAUCAUUGCACCAUCGGUUUUGGUUAUCGAUGAGUGGUUGAAAGAGAUCCAAAGACAUGUGGCACCAAACUCGCUGAAUAUACUCAUAUAUCAUGGGCAGAAGAGAGAAUCAGAAAGCAGAGAGCUACUCGAUUUCGACGUCCUUUUAACUACAUAUGCUACAGUGGCAUCGGAAUUUGGAAAAGGCUCUGGGCCUCUUUACGGAAUUACUUGGUUUAGGAUUAUCCUAGAUGAAGCCCACUCGAUACGUCAUCAACAAACCAAGCAAUUCCGAGCAAUCACUUCUCUCUCUGCUUCCUAUCGCUGGUGCCUGACUGGAACUCCAAUUCAGAAUACCCUCUUCGACCUUGGAGCACUCAUCCGGUUUCUUCGAGUCCCCUUGCUUGAGAAUACCUCAAAUUUUCGGGAUCACAUUGUGAGUCCAACUGAAUCUGGAAAAGUGGGAGGCUUUAACAAUUUGCGAACCUUGCUUAAGUCGAUCUGUCUGCGCCGGACCAGAGACCUCCUACAUUUCCCGGAGCCAGAGGAAGUUAUUUAUGAACUUGAUCUCUCACCUGUCGAGAAAGAAAUGUACAACUCUAUUGCAGAGUCAUCAAAACAAGCCAUUGAUGAUGUUGUCAGCGGGCACAAAGCAAUGGAAGCGUACAAUGGUAUUCUUCAAGCAAUUAUGCAACUGCGCUCGCUCUGCAAUCACGGUACCUUUGACUACAUGGUUCUGAAAAGUGGCGUAAUGGACCUGCCAGAUCCCGAAGAGGCUCUGGCAGAACUUCAACAAACUGAUGAUGCAAUAUGCGCAAUUUGUUCGUGCGAUGUCACUUCAGUCAAUAACCUAGAAGGGUCAAAUCCUGGUCGUUUUACGGCUUGCUCGCAUCUUCUGUGCAAUGGUUGCUUCUUUCAGUAUGAAGAAGACCUAAAGAUGAAUAGAAAUGGGGAAAGUUCGUACUGUCCAAUCUGUCGUGAACUUAUCAGUGGAGGCGACGAAGAAUUGUCGCCUAGUACUAAAGGCCGGGGGCAGUCGUAUAUGAUCAAUCCCAAUUUGAUCAACACCGGACAGGCAACAAAACUAUCCAAAUUGUUGGAAGAUGUCCGUGGAGUUAGACACUCCGCUAAAAGCAUUAUCUUCUCCUCCUGGAAAAAGACACUUCACAUCAUUGCCGCUUUACUUAGUGCGGAUGGAAUUCCAUUUGUCCAGAUAGAUGGCUCUCUGACGCUUCCGGAACGGAGGCGAAUUCUUACCAGAUUCCAGGAGAACAGCGACCUGUCCGUCUUAUUGAUGACACUUGGUACGGGAGCUGUAGGAUUGAAUAUCACAGCAGCAAGUCGAAUCCACAUUGUUGAGCCACAGUGGAAUCCCGCUGUCGAAAGCCAGGCGAUUGGUCGUUCUGCUCGACUUGGGCAAAAGAAUCACGUAAAGAUUGUGCGAUAUGUGAUGAAAAACACAAUCGAAGAGUACGUAAAGAGUCGACAAUUCAGGAAACUUCAACUAGCUGGGAUCGGAUGGGGUAGUGGCAAAGAUCAGGAAGAACAGAAGUUGAGUGAUCUACGAGUAUGUCAACUCUAUAGCUGCUGCUUUUCGCUUUGCAAUUCUAACUCUUAGAAGGAUUUGCGUUCGGUAUUAUAAGUUUU